AUGAACAAUUCAAGGAAAAGUAAUUACAGGAGGCUAUCCCUCUUUGCUAGUUUAUCAGUAAUGUUUUUGUGUGGUUCUACUUUUGUUUCGAAAUAUGAUACGAAUACAGUGAGAAGUUGUUGCCAGGAAGAAUCCUGUCAGGGGGAGAAAGUAUUCGGGAGGAAUCUAGGAGAAGCAGGGGUACAGGGCGUGCUAAGUGCAAGGAAUGAAUUAAUGCGUUUUAGAAGAAGAUCUAUUUAUUCCCACAUGGACAAACUUGUGGAUUGUUUAUUUAGAGGAUUUUUAGAUACAUUAAUGUGGUUUACUGAUGAAGUCUACAAAUCGGAUGAAAGUGGAGAUUAUAAAAAUACUUCAAUGAUUGAAAAAAUUCUUAGAAAACAAAUGUACGCAGAGGGCGUUACUCUUUCAAAUAGAACGGUAACUAAUGAAGUGCAGAGAACGAAGGAGCGUCACGAAGAAAUUGCAACUCAAGGAACGAACUCCGAGGUAGUCAGGCGUAUGAUGAAGAUGUACGAACUUGAAAAUAAUUUAUCUAAAGAAACAUUAAAAAAAAUUAGUGCUCCAAAUAGAACACAAAGCAUACAUGAUAUCUUGAAUACAGAAAAGAUAAAACUUAAAAUAAAGAACAAGUUGGAAAUCAUACCAUACACUUACGAUGAUUCUAUUAUUGAUUCUGUGUCGUCCAGAAUUAUUGGGCGCGUUACGGACAUAUCUAAGGAUGAGAAUAUUAUGUAG